AUGUCGAAUGGCAAUGACAUAGAGAUUGACUUUGAAUACAAUGUUGAUGCCGAAGAUCAAGUUGAAGCCAAAGACUUACCUCUUUUUGGCAUUGAUUCCUUGUUUGAUUCUGAAAGCGAAGAUGAGGGUGUCAUUGAAGCAACCAUUUUGGAUAUUUCUGACAAUGAAUCUGACGAUGUUAGAGAGCACUUUUCUUCAUCCAAUAUGCCAGUCGAUCCUACUCAUGCUUUCAUUGCUUCUUUUGCUGCCUUCUUCAUAUCCAAAUAUGUUGUCAAUUCUGGUGGUGCUGUUCUGUUAAAGUGUCUUAACGAAGUAUUGGCACACUUUGGACAGUCUUUCCAUCUUCCCCUCAGUGUCCAGCGGUUUGUUGCAUGUGGCGAUUGUAACAAAGUAUACGAAGAGUCCGAUGUUGUUCCAGAGUGCUGUAAUUUCGAGAGACUCUCUGGUAGAGAAUGUGGAAACGCUCUUUUCUUUGCAACAUCAAGAGCCUUGACUAUCCCCAAAAAGAUCUACAUGUAUAACUCCAUAAUCAAAACAUUGUCUAUCCUUUUUUGCCGCCCUGGAUUCGAAGACACCAUCAACCAUUGGAGAAUCAGAGUGCAAGUUCCAGGCAUGAUGUUUGACAUUUACAACGGUACGAAGUGA